CACCGUAAAUGCUGGCUUGGCUGCUUGAUAUUUUAUAUGUGUUUUGGUCAUUGGCAUUAUCAGGCUUUAAGCUCCUCGUUACACAGUAUAUCCAUACGGAUUAAUUCCGAAAAAAAUAAUGGCUCCAUAGAAAAUAUAUGCCCAUUCUGUUUCCAGCUCUUCAUGCCUGAUAAUUAUAAAGUUCGCUUAAAACCAAAACUGAAAAUAUCUCCAUCCAUUGAAAGACUUUUAAAAAAAGAAGCAAAGAACCACCGACUCACCUUGAAGCAAACAAGACUUCUGAGGAAAUAUAAACUUGCAAAGAGCAUGCUGAUGGUUACCUGUAGUACGUGUAGCAAAGUCUCUAAGUAUGCUGGUGAAAGCAGACAUCUUCUUGCAAAUGGCCCGGGUACCCCAAAGACCUUACGAGUGAAUGCAUCCACAGAUUUAAGAAUAAGGACACCUGGUUCAAGCAGAAAAACAAACCUUUCUCACAGUGAAGAGAAGCUGAGUUCAAAAGGCAAAAGUCCUGUUUUAACACCAAGAUCCUGUGUGUCGGCACAGUCCUCUCCAGCCACCCCUGCAAAGUCUUCAAAAAAGGGGAAAUUUCAAUUUUCAAAGUUAAAAAUGCUCCUUAGUCAAGAAGAGAGAGAACCAAGUAAAAAGGGCAAUUUGCAAAACUUUCUGUCAUCUCUUGCAUGAAGCUGAAUGAUUUCCAUGCUUUUCACAAAGCAAUAAACAAGAAGUGAGCUAUUCUGUCAAAAACCAGUUUGGGUUGUACAGCUGUCAAAAUAUUUAUUAAAAAGUUGUACUUUUUUUACAUCAUUGUUUUGUACUUUUAAAUCUUCUCCCAACAUUAACUUCAGUAGUUUGCCUUUAAAGUGCAUAUAAAGAAGAUUGAAAAUAAUUAAGGAAAUUAUAUAUAUUGUAAGAGUCAGAUUACCAAAUGGGUGCAGUUGUCUCAGCGUCUAGCAGUGACUCCCUUUACCAGUGGUGCAGUAGCAUUCUUACUUAUAAAUAAGCAGCAUCCUAAUUUCCAAUACUGACAAGUGAAAUCCCAUCUAGAAGCUCAGUCAACUGCAAAAAAAUAAAUCUUUUUUUUUUUUUGCCCAGGACAUUACUGUCAAUGCCUGAUAGGAAUACCAUUAAAGGGGAAGUAUACCCUUUUCAAGAUGAGUUUAGUAAAUAGUGCUUUUGCUGAACAUACAUUUUGCCUAUUGUUUUAAUCAAGCAGUGAAAUAGCUUAAUUAGAUUAAACAAAUAGCACAAGCUCUAUUCAUUACUGGUCCGUACAAUACAUAUUUUAUAAAAGCUGCUGAAAAUGUGCAAGCUUUAAGAAAGAAAUAUAAUUACAUUCUGUGAUAGUAAAAUAUUUUAAAUAUUCAAAAGAAUAGUUUGACUUUACAAUGGCUUUCUACAUGUGACAGCAUGCAAAGAAAAAAAGAAGUCCUACCUUUAAGACAGGAUUAAGUAUACAAUGAUCUACACAGAGAUAAGGAAAUAUUUAGGGACUAACACUAUGGCUGAAACAUUCUACUUACAAAAAUAGGAGCAUGCAAACUGCAUAGACCAGGGGUCCCAGGACCGGAACUAGCGAUAGGCAGAAGAGGCACUUGCAUAUAUCAUUGACAUUGCCCCCGCCGCUGGUCUUUGCACGGCACCCCACCCCCGUGAUGGCAAUGCACAUGUGGCAGUACAGAUUUUCUGCAACCAAAACAUGCCUCUAAGCCAGAAAUUCAAAAAUAAUUAGUUUCUUUGAGACCACAGGGAGCAACAUCCAAGGGGUUGGUGAGCAACACAUUGCUCCCAAGCCAUUGAUGGGGACCACUGGCAUAGACUAUUGACAGUAGUAUUAUUUACCCUCUAGGUAACAAUUAAGCCUGUAGCUAGCCAGCUAGCAUUUUACCAGUUUGUUUUACAUGCCAUUUUGUGAUCUUAAAGUUACGUUGUGUUUUCAGCCCAAAUUUAAAAAAAUUCUGAUGAGUUACCCCCUCAAAAAAAUGACCCAGUGAGAAAGAUUUUUUAUGAGUGCAAAGCUCGUUCUAGCUGUUCCCUUGAAACUGCUGUUGUAAAUGCCAAUUUAGAAAAAGUUUUCCCUUUUCUUUAAAGGACAAAGGAAAGUCACUUGGGGGUGCCAAAAUGUUAGGCACCCCCAAGUGACUUAAAUUGCCUACUUUUUACCCCGGGCUGGUGCCCCUGUUCAGAGAGAACAGCACCAGCCCGGGGUAGCUGCAGCGCUUCCUCCUUCCUGCCUCGUGUGCGCGAGCAUGCGCAGUAGAGUGAAAAAGCAAAACGUUAACAGAGAAGACAGCUUUUCACUCUAAUGCGCAUGCGCCUGCCCAGGGAUUUCGCCGGCAAAACGAAGCAGGAAGGAGGAAACGCUUGUUGUACUGUGAGAAAUGUGUUAGUUUGAGGUCUAACCAGUACAGUCUAGGCCUGUUAAAAUAGAAGAACAACGCAUGCAAAAUACAUGUAGUAUACAUACUGAUAAAUAACCAGCUUAAGCCUGCUGACAGACUGUUAGAAAGUUAAUCUUUCAGCAAAACAGUUAUGUCAGACCCAAGGCCAAGUAACCUUGGAGUUGCUCAAAAAGCGAAAGGUAAUUGUUCUGCAGUGGUCCAGUCGUUUCCUUGAUCUCAUUUCAGCUUAAGUGUGUGGCAUUAUUUGAAAAAUAGGCUGCACAAAUGUCAGCUGAAAAAAUUAACUAAUGCAAUAUCAGUCCUGAGCAGUUUUGUGUCCGGUUUGCAUAGGGUUUCUGAAGUAUGUGGCAUGUAAAGACCCCAAAAUAAAAAUAUUGCAUAUGAA